AAAAAAUAGCAAAUGAAACCUAUUAGCUUAUGAUUUUGGCAUAUAUAUUGCAUUUCUGAUUGUAUUGAAAUAUCUGACUGAUACCAGCUGACUGAAAAAAGUGUAAACAUUUAGCGUAUUCCGGUUUUGAGCGCUCUCUGCUCUGGUUUCGGCUCCCAAUAAUUGCUGUUCUCUCAAAAGACGCGCCGCGCACACUCGUUCUCUGGAUUCGCUACAUACUAUAAUUUACGCUGGGUGGAAAUGCGUCAACAUUAAUAUGAAAAUGCCGGUCUCGAUGCCAACCAACGCACAGUCUCAACCCGCAUUUGGAGCCAAAUUGUUGUGCGACCCAACCGCAGCCGCUCAGUGUUUACUUUUCUUGAGUGGCAAUGCCAACUAUCGCGCAUUAAAGCCAAUCCUCAUCCGUAAUAAUCCGUAAUAAUGACUGAACGGUAUGCAAAUGGAGUGACCACCAGCCUGGUGGACAAGGAAACCCCCGAAUCGGAUGGAAAAAUCGUAUUAAAACGCAAACUAACUCUGCUCAAUGGAGUGGCAAUUAUUGUGGGCACCAUCAUAGGAUCUGGCAUAUUCAUCGCACCCACUGGCGUCUUUCUCUACACAGAAUCUGUUGGAAGUUCCCUAUUGAUUUGGUCCGCCUGUGGCAUAUUAUCAACCAUUGGCGCACUCUGUUACGCAGAGCUGGGCACAAGUAUUACAAGAUCUGGUGGCGAUUAUGCCUAUUUGCUGGUAUCCUUUGGUCCUUUGGUCGGGUUCCUACGCCUGUGGAUAGCUUUGCUGAUCAUCCGGCCAACGACGCAGACCAUUGUAGCCCUUACCUUUGCCCAUUAUGCCGCCAAACCCUUCUUCGAGGACUGUGAUCCGCCACAAAAUUCAGUCAAGUUGUUGGCAGCUGUGUGCCUGACUUUGCUCACUGCCAUCAACUGUCUGUCUGUGAAGGUCUCAAUGAAAGUCCAGGAUGUCUUUACAGUGGGCAAGCUGCUGGCUCUCAUCAUGAUUAUACUCGCUGGACUCUACUACAUGGCCAUGGGCAAGCUGGAGAACUUUGACAAUCCUUGGGAGGGCACUUACAGUGCUCGGAAUAUUGGCUACGCUUUCUAUUCCGGUUUAUUUGCCUUUGGCGGUUGGAAUUACUUGAACUUUGUAACAGAGGAGCUGCAGGAUCCGUACAAAAAUCUUCCACGGGCCAUUUGGAUAGCCAUGCCCCUGGUGACGGCCAUCUAUGUUCUGGUGAAUUUGGCCUAUUUCGUUGUGGUUAACAAACCGGAAAUGCUCAGCUCCUUGGCCGUGGCUGUGACCUUUGGCAACAAGGUCUUUGGACCACUGGCCUUUAUGGUGCCCAUCUUUGUGGCCCUCAGCACCUUUGGCGGUGUCAAUGGUGUGCUCUUCACGUCGGCACGACUAUUUGCCACUGGCGCACAGGAGGGACAUUUACCAAAGUUCUUUCAACUAUUUCAUGUGAAGAAACAGACACCAAUUCCAUCGUUAAUCUUCACAUGCCUGAUGUCGCUGCUUAUGCUGCUGACAGAUAAUGUCUAUCAGUUGAUCAACUAUUUCAGCUCUGUGCUCUGGCUAUCUGUUGUCGCCAGCAUAGCGGGCAUGUUGUGGCUGCGGCACAAGAAACCGGAUUUACCGCGACCCAUUAAAGUACAUCUGGCGUUGCCCAUCACCUUUAUGGUCUGCUGUGUAACACUGGUGCUGCUGCCCAAUUUUGCGGAGCCUCUGAAUCUACUCAUUGGCAUUGCCAUCACUCUAGCCGGCAUUCCGUUUUAUUAUGUAUUUAUUGCCUGCAAGAAGAAGCCCAAGUGCUAUGGCCGCUUGUCCAGUGCUCUGGUGGAGCUAUGUCGCGGCAUGUUCAACACAACCAUUAUAGAGUCAAAUGAGGCCAUAAACUAGGACCAAUUUACCCACAAAAACAAAGAAAAAGAA